AUGGCAGCUGCAACUGCGCUGCACAAAAGGGAGCGUCUAUCCCGAAGAGCCGCCGGCCUUCCGCGGACCCCGCGGCUCCGAGCGCUGGGGCAUCCUCCGAGGGGGCGAGGGCCGCGCGGGCCGGGGUCGAGCCCAGAAAAGCCUCAUUACCCAUUCGGCAGGCGGGGGACACUACCCAGAGCGCUUACACCCGAGACCCGGGUUCCAGCGGCCUCCGUGAGCCCCUCCCUGCCGCGCCCCCUCCUCUGCCGCGUGCCUGCGCGCGCGCGCCGGCCGCGUGUGAAAAAGGAGCGGACACACCUAACCUGCGCGCUCCCCGCACCCUGCCCCACCCCCAUCAGGCCGACUCUCUCCGGCCGACCCGGAUUCGCUCCCCCGGCCGAAAUUCCCCACCCCCACCACCGCCGCCGACGUCGGCGCCUCCGCCAGCCUUCGGAAAUUUCCGCCAGGAGACCCGGCGCUCGGCGAGGUUCGAAGACCCGCCGCCUCCUCCUCCGCCAGACCCGGCUUUAUGUCUGCGGCGCCGGGGCGCAUGCGCAGACGCCAUCUUCCCUCCUUCUCCUCAGCCAGCCCCCUCCCCCCGCCACCGCCGCCGCCUCCUCCAGCCGGCGGUCGCCCCUCCUCCGCCUGCGCUCGGGCGCUGGUCCCUCCUCUGCCGAUGCCGCGAGAGACCCGGGGAUACGGUGGAGCCGGAGAAAAGCACUAGUAACAACCACCACAGCCCCCUCUCCGCCCGCCGCCCUCCCUCGGCACCCACCCACUCACCCGCCCCGUUCGCCGACACCGACCAACCCCACCUCUCGUUCCUUUGAACGGCGUCGGCUGCAGUCGCUGCAGCAGCCCCUCUGGCCACCAACGCCGCCGAGAAAGGAGUCGCCGCCGCCGCCUGCGGCCCCCUCCGGCCCGGGCCGCGGGAGCAGCGGGGUGCGGACGAGCCGGCUGCGGAGGAAGAGGACGAGAGCGGCUCGCAUCGUCGGCGCUAGCGCACGUCCCGCCGCCCUCCGGGGAGGCUCGGGCGCUGGGCCCCUUCCUCCCCGAGGACGUGUGCCGAGCCGAGGCGCCUGCCCGGAGGGAGGAAAAUGCUCGGGCUCCAUGGCUGCCAGUGAUGGAGAGGUCCCUGGGCUCCCGCUGCCACCGCUGCCGCCGCGCCCCGGUCGUGCUCCGCGAGGACCCGGCGUCUCUGCGCGCCCGCCCGCGCCCCGUUGCUGGGCUCACCGUACCCGGCGCUCCGCCGCCGCCCCGCUUCGAGCCUCGCCGCGCCGGCCCCAGCCGCGGCCAGCGUUUCCUCACGGAGCAGCCGCCGCGAGCCCAGGGGGUUUGAAAGGCUCGCCCUCGAAGGCAGAAGCGGCCGGCGCCUUCAGCUGAGAAGGAGGAGGAGGAGGAGGAAUCGCGCCGGGCGGAGCGUCAGGUCCCG